AUGAAUGAAAUCUUUGCCAAAGCCAUCAAGGACUCGGAACUCCUGAGAAAGACCGAGGUUCCGUGGAAUCCGGACAAACCUUUUCACCAGCCAUACAACAUCUUUGAUACGACAACUUCUUCAUGGAUCCCAGAGACACCAUCUGACCAGUCAAUACUGCAUGAUGGCAUUGCGAGCAUUGCACUUUAUAGCUGGAACAUUGAUUUCAUGCUACCCUUUGGAGAAGCUCGAAUGAAGGCCGCCCUUGAUCACCUCGGUGGCCUUGUUAAAGACCUGGCUGCAACCCCAUCAAUUGCCCCUGUCAUAUUUCUUCAAGAAUGCACGCCCGAGGAUCUCGUCACUAUUUCCUCUUUCCCAUGGGUCCGUAAACGGUUUAUUUUGACCGACCUCGAUGCUACAUAUUGGGCCACCAACCAUUACGGCACGACGAUUCUCCUCGACAACCGCCUGUCGCUCACGUCCGUCUUUCGCGUUCACUACUUGCAAACGCGCAUGGAUCGAGAUGCUUUAUUCGUCGAUGUCGCCUUUGGGACCGGCAGCAAGACGCAAAUCGUCCGCUUGUGCAAUACUCACCUCGAGUCCCUUGCUUUGGAUCCUCCCUUGCGUCCUGCACAAAUGCGCAUCAUCGCUGAAUACCUGCACGCCAAAGGUAUACACGCUGCGCUGGCUGCUGGGGACUUUAAUGCCAUCCAGCCUUUUGAUCGCACGCUGCAUAGCGAUAAUAACCUAAAAGAUGGCUUCCUCGAGUAUGGGGGUAGAGACGACAGUGACGAGGGCUAUACUUGGGGCCAACAAGCAGCGACGAAAUUGAGGGAGCAGUUUGGGUGCUCGCGGAUGGACAAGGUCUAUUUUUGCGGCCCGCUGAAUCUACUCGAGUUUACCCGAUUUGGCCAGGACAUUCAGCUCCCCGAGGGGACGAGUGAGAAUUCGGAGGAGUCUCAAAAGAGGAACGAACUUGUAGCUCUUGGUUUCGACAAGCCAUGGGUGACAGAUCACAUUGGGAUUCUGGCCAAAUUCAAGCUCGAGCCGCAAGACGAGAAUAGAGGUCAGCUUUGA